ACAACUUGCAUGUCCAGGAAGAGACGCAAGCCGCUCAAGCCCCUCACAAAGCCCAAAGUGGCAGUUGUCUUGGGGAGAGGAUGGCUCGGACAUUGACGAGUCAAUCCUUAUCAGCUCCAUCCACCUGUCCAGUUCCACCUUCCCACAAUCCAGGUCCGAUCUGCGGAUUUGGUGCUCCACCUCCCAUGAUUGCACCAGCUCCAGCUGUGAUGGUGGACGCGCCGCCAUUGGAGGACAGGCUUCUAGUGAGAGGAGAGGCUUGCGGCUUCAGUGGUUGACAAUGGCUGACGGUUUGGGUCUAUUACUUUGUUCAGGCAUGGCCAGAAGAUCCUUUCUGCCAGCUGGACAUUGGAGAUAUGGUGGAGGCCUUUUGGGAACCGACCAAAGAGUGUCAUACUCAGCAAGCGUCGAAUCGAUUCAUCCAGAUGGUGACGUAUCGGUGGCUUGGGAGGAAUGGGAUGGCAUUGUGACGCUGCCAGCCUCCCUUGUGCGUGCUCAACGCAGGACAUCCAUGCUUUGGGACAGCGUUGACUGACGGAAAAAGCUGGACCGAGCCUGAGACACACCGCGCAGCCGCGCGUGUGUGGCUGCCUGCCUUGCAAGGCAGUGCAGCUGCCAUGCCGGAGGAUGAUCAAGUGUUCCAGGCUACGAUGGCUGCCGUGAAGCGGCACUUCGAUGCGGAGGAAUUUGAACAAGCACUGCCACUGGUGACUCAGGCUUAUAAAGCAAAGCCAGAACAUCCACUGGUCGUCAGGAGCUACAUUUUCACGCUGGUCAAUGUCUCGCAGUGGGACAACGUCUUGAAGGCCUGUAAAAAGCAUGAAGACAUCGAGGACCUUGACUUCGAACACGCCUACAGCUUGUAUCGAUUGAAUCGCUUCAAGGAAGCACUGGAUGUUUUGGACUUGAGGAAGAGCAAAGAUCCCGAGGAAAUAGCUCGCAGAUCCCGACUGGAAGCUCAGAUUCAGUAUAGAUUGUCGAGCUAUGAUUCGUGUGCAGAUGUCUAUGGACAACUUCACAAAGACGAUCCUGAGGAUAACGGUCUUCUUGUGAACGCCGUUGCUGCCCAUGUCGCUGGUGAGCAGUCACGGAAGGCAAUGGCUCUCGUGUCCAAAAACAAGGAAGCCUUGGAAUCUUCCUACGAGUUGUGCUUCAAUGCAGCUUGUGCUUUGAUUGACGAGGGCCGCCUCAAAGAGGCUGAGGCUCAUCUGGCUCGAGCCAAAGAGCUUUGCACCGAGGAGCUGGUCGAGGCUGAAGAUGCGGCAGAGGCAGAUGCAGGUUUGCUGGAGGACCAUGAAGAGCUAGCGGCAAUCCGUGUGCAACAAGCGUGUGUCUUGCAACGAUUUGGUAAAGAGGAUGACGCCAAAGAGCUGUACGACAAAGUCCUGCGGCAAAAGCCUACACAGGGACAUGAGAUUGAUGUCACUGUGCUGGCCGUGGCCUGCAACAAUGUGGUGGCUUUGCGUUCGGAGGGCAAGUCUUUGUUCGACAGCCUGAAGCGCAUCAAUGUGGCAUCCAAGGAAAGCCUUGAGCAUAAGCUCACCCGCAGACAAAUGGUUGACAUUGCCUGCAACAAGAUCCUUCUAUUGUUGCAGGCACAGAAACUGGAUGUUGCCAAGAAAGACCUGGAGAAGCUCCGCCAAAGCUACCCUGACCACCCUCGAGUUGCAUUGGUGCAGGCGGCUAUAGCUCACAGGGAGAAGAAGAAUAAAGUUUGUGAGGAAGUGCUCCAAACUUACUUGGCAUCGCGCCCUGAUGAUGCGCAGGUCCUUCUCCCCUUGGCGCAGCUCUAUACGCAACAGCACCGACAUGAGGCAGCCGUUGAGGCAUUGGCCAAGUUGCCCCUCGGCAGUCGGACACAGCCGACCACCGUAGAAGCCAUUGUGAGUCUCCACAACAGGCAAAAAAAACCAGACAAAGCCGUGGCCUGCUUGCGCGAAGCGAUCCAGUACUGGUCCAAGAAUGAGGAGGAUUCUGACACCCUCGGACAGGUGCUGCGGAUCGCUGCACGUGUGGCAAUGCAGAUCAAGGACAGAGGCUUUGCUGCUGAGGUCUAUCAAAGCUUUCUUGAGAACAUCGAUGGAUCAGAUUACGAAGCUUUGUGUGGCCUCGUGCAGGCCUUGUCGGUGACAGACCCGGAACGAGGAAGAGAGUAUGCUGAAAGACUCCAGGUUCCUUCCUUUGAUCAUCUUGAUCCGGAGGAGCUGGAAGCCCAAGCAAUUCCCAAGGUUGGAGCAAUGUUCUCUCAGCGGAGACGCGACAGAGAUGAAGAGGCCGAUGGAGCUGCCACAAAGCCAAAGAAGAAGCGCAAGCGAAAGACUCGCUAUCCCAAAGGCUUUGAUCCAGCAAAUCCUGGGCCUCCUCCUGAUCCUGAAAGAUGGCUCCCAAAGAGAGAGCGAUCAGAGUUCAAGAAAAAGAUGAGGAAGAAGGACAAGCAUUUGCUCCGGGGCCCACAAGGGGCGAUCACCACGGAAGACUUCCGAAAGCAGGGGCCAUCCACCGCCCAAGUGGAGGUCUCCAAAGAUGCCACCGGACCGUCCAGACGGAGUGGAAGAAAGAACAAAGGCAAGUGAAGAAUGCUCCACUCGGAGGCGCCUGAAGACCUCGCCAGUCCGCCGCAUGGUUUUGAACCGCUCGCAUGGUUUCGUGCAAGGGUUGCCCAGGUGCCCUGGUGGGAGUCAGUGUGGGUC